AUGGCCUCCAAUCUCGAUGCAGCAUCCCUCUUCCGAGUCGAUGGCAUGGUCGCCGUGGUCACCGGCGGAGGGACAGGAAUUGGCCUCACCAUGGCGCGGGCCCUGGCAAUCAACGGCGCCAAGCGCGUCUACCUGCUCGGCCGGCGCCUCGACGUGCUGCACACCGCAGCAGCCGAGCACCCGGACAUCUUCCGCCCCAUCCAAUGCGACGUGACCGCCCACGCGUCCCUGCAAUCCGCCGUCGACCGCGUCGCCGCCGACACGGGCCACGUCAACCUGCUCGUCGCCAACAGUGGCGUGGGCGGGCCGGCCGCGGGCUGGAACCCGGCCCUCUCCGUGGCGGACGUGCGUGCGAAGCUGUUUUCGCAGGCGAGUAUGGAUGGGAUGACCUCGACGUUGGAUGUUAAUGUGACGGGGGCGUUUUUUACGAUUGUGGCUUUUCUGGAGCUGUUGGAUGCGGGGAAUAAGAGGGCGCUGGAGGGGGGGUUUGGCAGGCCAAUUGUGGAGGGGGGUGGUGUCCCGGCCAUACAGAGCCAGGUCAUUGUCACGGGGAGUAUUGCGGGGUUUAGUCGGAUGGCCAUGUCGUCGCCGGCGUACGCGGCGAGUAAGGCGGCUAUUAUGCACUUGACCAAGCAGGCUAGCUCGAGCUUGGCUGGGUAUGGCAUUCGGGCUAAUGCAUUGGCGCCGGGGCUGUUCCCCUCGGAGCUGGCAAGCGGUAUGAUCGGCACCCGCGAGCCCAGCAAGGAGUCGGCUGAUGACCCGCGCUUCAUUCCAUCACGGAGAUUUGGGGGCGACGAGGAGAUGGCGGGCAUGCUGCUGUAUCUGGCUAGCCGCACGGGAGCUUACACCAACGGUGCUGUGUUGCUAGCUGACGGUGGACGGUCCGCUGUGAUGCGCUCAUCGUAUUAG